UGGCAUUUGUGAAGGGGUGAAAUGAAAGUACCGUAAAGGUGAGUAGCAAUGUCUACUGCCCCUACACAUCUGACAAUGUUCGGGGCAUGCAACUGUUUGUUACACAGGCAUCACCCUGUAAUGUGUGUCUCCACAGACUGUUACGAAUGUGGCUUCCUCCAAACGCUAGACAUGAUAGGAAAGGUUGCAAGGUCAGUGACAACCAACCACAGCUCA